AUGUCUGGCAAGGCAAUAGCGGCGCCGGCGACGCUCAUGACGGCCGCGAGCGACCGGGUGAAGAUGGUAGACAUGCACCCAAAGGAGCCAUUGUUCCUGUGCUCGCUCUAUUCCGGGGUGAUCAACCUGUGGAACCUUGAGACUCAGACGCUGCUAAAGUCGUUUGAUACGGGCACAGGGCUCCCGGUGCGUUGCGUGCGAUUCAUUCCACGACUUCAGUCGUUUGCGUGCGGCACGGACGACAUGAUGAUCCGCAUCUUCAAUUACAACACGAUGGAGAAGACGAAGACGUUCCAGGCGCACGAAGAUUAUAUUCGAGGCAUCGGGGUGCACGAGCAUCUGUCGCUUCUCAUGACAUGCUCGGACGACAUGACAAUCCGGCAGUGGGACUGGAGCAAGAACUGGGCUCUUGUGAACACCCACGAAGGUCACAUGCACUACGUUAUGGGCAUUGCCUUCAACCCCAAGGAUCCGUCAACCUUCGCGACAGCCUCCCUUGACUGCACGGUGAAGGUGUGGAGCAUCAACAGCCCGGUGCCGAACUUCCAGCUCGAGGGACACGAGGACGGCGUGAACUGCGUCGACUACUACCCUGGCGGCGACAAGCCGUACCUGCUCAGUGGGUCUGAUGACCAAACAGUACGUCUCUGGGACUACCAAACCCGAGCCUGCUUGCAGGUAUUUUCUCAUCACGCAGCUAACGUCACGGCGGUGCUAUUUCACCCAAGCCAGCCGCUGCUGUUUACACUGGCAGAGGACAUGGAGAUGAAAAUAAUUGCAUCCGAUACACACCGCCUUUUACUCAGCAUUGACCACUCCCGCAUGAACCGCGGCUGGUCGAUGGCAGCGAAGCGGUACGCGAAUGUCCUGGUGGUUGGCUAUGACGGCGGUACGGUUGUGUACAAGAUAGGCGAGGAUAAGCCUGUGUAUUCGAUGGACCCGAGUGGAAAAAUCCUUGUGGCUGUCGGUAACGAAGUAACACGUAUCGAUGCAAAGGGCAUUCCUGUAGACGCGGCUGACGGUGAUGUGCUUUCCCUCCCGACUAAAGACAUGGGCGCAGUGGAGACGUCGCCUUCUGCCAUCCUGCACGGCCCUAGUGGCCAGUUCAUUGCACUGCUUGGGGAGAAUGACUACACGGUCCUCUCGUCGCUCUCGAUGCGGCCCAAGUCAUACGGCAAGUGCAUCUCAUUCGUGUGGGGCCCAGAAAACGGCUCCUACGCCGUGUUGGAAACAUCCAUGACACUUAAGGUGUACAAGAACUUUAAGGAGCGUGCAACAAUUGCUUUGAAUGAGAGCGCAGAGAAGUUGUUCGGUGGCCCACUCUUUUCAGUGUGCACAGCGUCGAGCAUAACCUUUUACGACUGGGCGACACUGAGCCUUAUCCGCCAGAUCGAUGAGUGCCCAAAGAUGGUGCAGUGGAGCGAGAGUGGGGAGCUGCUCGCCAUCGUCACCGAGACAGCGUUCUUCACACUGCGGUUCAGCAGCGAAGCGGUGAUGGAGUACCUCGAGACGCAGGAGGGCACACCAGAGGAGGGUCUCGACUUCGCCUUCGAUGUGGUGGAGGAGGUAGGAGAGAGCGUGAAGGAAGUCCUGUGGGUCGGCGAGUGCCUUGUGUUCAUAAAUCAAGCACACCGCCUCAGCUAUUACAUUGGUGGAGAGACGAACAGCAUUGCUGUGCUUUCGCGUAAUCAGUAUCUCCUCGGUUAUCUGCCGAAGGAAAACCGUAUUAUGUGUAUUGACAAGGAGAAGAACGUCACGAGCUAUGUGCUGCGACUCAAUGUCAUUGAGUACAUGGCCGCCAUUGUCCGUGAAGACUUUGCCACCGCUGAACAACUGCUGCCCUCUGUGGAGAAAAGUGAACGAUUGCGACUUGCGCAGUUCCUCCAGGCGAAGAAUCACCUCGAGCAGGCACUGAAGGUGACGACGGAGGAAAACCACCGCUUUGAGCUGGCAGUGCAGCUGGGCAGACUGCAGCUGGCAAAGGAAAUCGCGGAGAGGUCUCCAUCGAUGGGGCGGUGGAAGCAGGUGGCGGACCUGGCAAUGGAAAGGGGCAUGCUUAAACUCGCAGAGGACGCACUGUGCAAUUGUGGCGACAACAGCGGGCUCCUGCUCCUCUAUUCCUGCAUGGGCGACAUGGAAGCGAUAUCGAAGCUCGGCGAUGCGUGCAUCGCGAAUGGGAAAGCCAACGUUGCGUUUACAUGCUUUCACCUGACGGGGCGGUACGAGGAGAACGUGGAUUUGCUUUGCCGCACCGGCAAGGUGGCCGAGGCUGCAUUCUACGCCCGGACCUACUGCCACAGCAAGGUGGAGGAGGUUGUGGCAAAGUGGAAGGUGACUCUUGCUGCACUGCCGCGCGUGGGUGAGGCCAUCGCGAGCCCGGUGGCGUACCCGAAUCUCUUCCCGUCUAUGCGGGCCGCGCCGUCCGUCGUGCUGGAGACCCCGCAGCGAGGCCGCGGCGAUCACAACGACACACGGGAGGAACAACAACAACAGCACCAUAAGCAAGAGCAAUCACAACAGUUGCCGAGCACCGGCAGCAGUGAGGUGGAGGGCCGCGCCGCCCUUUGCUUCGAGUCUCCCCAGGCGGUGAAGCCGCCGGCGGUGACGCACGACGACGAUUUGAUGUCGCCCGCUGAGAUGCGCCACGCGGCGUCUGUGAUGAGUGCAUCUUCGCCAGGCGAAGUGCCGGCUGCCCCGCCGCCUUCCAUGGUCAGGGACGCCGAGGCCGGUGCAGUACCGGCUGCUUUCUUCACCAGCGGUGACGACAACAAUGAAGGGGAUGAAGAGGACAACAAAUGGGCUUAA